UAGUAUUCUUCAUACUCUGUUGUCCACAUAGACAGUACAGCACGUUAACCUUUGGAGAUCAUCGCACUUGAUAACGUCACGAUACCAUGCGGUCGUUUGCACCUUGGAUUUUGAGCCUCUUAGGCGCUUCUGCUGUAGCUUCUGCUGCCGAUGCGACAACCGAAGCUCCCUCCGAUGUGGUCUCGCUCACCGGGGACACUUUCGAGACUUUCGUCAAGGAGCAUGACUUAGUUUUGGCUGAGUUUUUUGCCCCCUGGUGUGGCCACUGUAAGGCUCUUGCUCCGAAAUAUGAGCAGGCCGCCACUGAGUUAAAGGAAAAGAACAUCCCGCUUGUCAAAGUGGACUGCACUGAGGAAGAGGCUCUUUGUAGGGAUCAAGGUGUCGAAGGCUACCCCACGCUUAAGAUUUUCCGUGGCCUUGACUCUGUUAAGCCUUAUCAGGGAGCUCGUCAGACCGAGGCGAUUGUUUCAUACAUGGUUAAGCAGUCACUCCCUGCUGUGUCCCCUGUUACCCCAGAAAAUCUUGAAGAGAUCAAGACUAUGGACAAGAUUGUUGUUAUUGGUUAUAUUGCGUCUGACGACCAGGCUGCCAAUGAAAUAUUCACUAGCUUUGCCGAGUCUCAAAGAGACAAUUAUCUCUUCGCCGCCACAAGUGAUGCAUCUGUCGCUAAGACAGAGGGUGUUAAGCAACCUUCGAUUGUUCUCUACAAAGACUUCGAUGAGAAGAAGGCUACCUAUGAUGGGGAGAUUGAGCAGGAUGCCCUUCUCAGUUGGGUUAAGACUGCCAGUACCCCUUUGGUGGGUGAGCUGGGCCCAGAGACUUACUCUGGAUAUAUAACGGCUGGCAUUCCACUAGCAUACAUUUUCGCCGAAACCAAAGAAGAGCGUGAGAAGUUCACCGAGGAGUUUAAGUCCAUCGCCGAGAAGCAUAAGGGUUCUAUUAAUAUUGUCACCAUUGACGCCAAGUUGUACGGCGCUCACGCCGGCAACCUCAACCUUGACCCCUCCAAGUUCCCUGCAUUCGCUAUUCAAGACCCUGAAAAGAACGCCAAGUAUCCUUACGACCAAUCGAAAGAAGUGAAGGCCAAGGAUAUCGGUAAAUUCAUCCAAGACGUUCUUGAUGAUAAAGUCGAGCCAAGCAUCAAGUCGGAGGCUAUUCCUGAGGCUCAGGAAGGCCCGGUUACUGUUGUUGUGGCGCAUUCCUAUAAGGAUCUCGUCCUUGACAACGACAAGGAUGUCCUUCUGGAAUUUUAUGCACCAUGGUGCGGACACUGCAAAGCCCUUGCCCCGAAGUAUGAGGAACUUGCAAGCCUUUACAAGGAUAUCCCUGAAGUUACCAUCGCCAAAAUUGACGCAACAGCCAACGAUGUCCCCGACUCCAUUACAGGCUUCCCCACCAUUAAGCUCUACCCUGCCGGCAGUAAGGACUCCCCUGUUGAAUAUGAAGGCUCUCGCACUGUGGAGGAUCUCGCGAACUUUGUCAAGGAGAAUGGCAAGCAUAAGGUUGAUGCUCUUGAAGUUGAUUCGAAGAAAGAAGAAGACAGUGGUGAUGUCACAGAGACUAGGACCGCCUCUGACGAGACUGAAACCCCUGCUCCUAGCGACGACAAGCCUGAGCAUGAUGAAUUGUAAACUCCAUUUGGCUUGAUAGUUUUAUUCAUAUUCAUAUGAGUUCCUGUCUUCUACCAGCAACUUGAGCAAUUACAGCUACUUUCGUCUUAUGUACUUUGCUGUUACAUCCUACGCACAAGCUUCUUCGGGGCUUGCAGCUCAGCCAUGCUUAAAAGUCUUCUUGGCACAAUAUUUGGGUAUAUCUUUGAACCUCAUAUCUACCCUUAGAUAAAGCUGGGGAAGCAAUUCGUUAGUUCUGCAUCCCUAACGCA